AAUAGUGAAGUGUCGGUAGUGGGCGAGGGCGAAGGCGGCGGCGUCCCUCGGUGGUUUGGGAGCCAAGGCGCGUCAGGGGUGUGGUGGGCAGGACUACACACCACCUCUAGGAUGCCUCACGCCCACCACCCUUGCCCUGAAAUAAUGGAGGCUGGGUAUAAGCUGCCCAACAAGUGGCCUAAGCUGCUGGACAUGACCAAGGAUGAGUGUCGUGAGGCUCUCCGUGCCCUGGAGUUGACAACAUACAGUCAGGUGGUGUCUGUACUGCGAGCACAAGGAGAACUGACAAAGGAGAAAAAGAAGCUACUUAGUGACCUGCAAACCAUGUUUUCCAUUUCCCUUGAGAGACACAGAGCAGAAAUAAGAAGAGCAGUUAAUGAUGAAAAGCUCACCACCAUAGCAGACACCUUGGCUGGACCUAACACUGGGGUGGAGUGGGCAGUGGAGGGGCGGCGGCUGGUACCCCUCAUGCCACGUGUCCCUCCACAGACAGCAUACACAGCCCUGGCAACACGUAUGGCUCUCCUCUACUAUGGAAUGAAUGCCAAGAUGCCUCACCCAUCUGCCACAGCACAUUAUGGAAAGAUGGACGACCUUGGUGCUGAAUCUGGGGACACAGACUCUGAGGAGGAGACAGAGGGUCUGCGGUUCAUGCCUGGAGCAAUGGUGCCACCACAGUACAAUGCUGACCAGGGAUCCUACACCACCCUACCAUUCUCACAGGCUCGACUCUCCAAGUUACCUCCGAAAGAGAAUCGUGAAGUCCCAACAACCACCUCAGGAGGAAGUGGAGGGUCAGCUGGUGUUGGUGGGGGUGGUGGAGCAGGUGGUGGUACUGCUACUGGUGGUGGUGCUGGUGGUGGAGGUAGUGACAAGAGGAAAAGAAAGAGAUCUUCAUCAGAGCAUCCUCUUCCUCCCCCACCUCCUCCUCCCCCUCCUCCUCCUACUCCACCAACCCCUCCCACCAGAGACCUUCCUUCAUCUCCUGGAACUCCCAACAAACAAGUGACAGGAAUUGGCCGACCACUGCCUGGCCCUCCCAUGAAGAUAACAGUAACAGGCAACAUUACCCGCGGCACCUCAGGCACACCGGUCUCCACGCUUGGCAGCCACACACAAAAGGUCAUCCUUGUGUCCACCUCAGGAGCAAGUGGUGUGGGUGGAGGAGUGUACCAGAGAUCCCUCAGCGUUCCAGUGAUGAAGGGAGGGACAGGCACGGUCCCCACAGUGAUGCGAGGGGUGUCAGCCUCCAGUAACACAACCCCACCCAGCCAAAUACAGACAGGGAGUACUGUGGGUUCAGGAAACAUGAUUGUGCCCCCCACCUAUUCUAGCAGUGGCCUCCAUGGUGCUGCUGCAAUGUCUCCUGCAGGUACCUAUGCCAAUCGGACGAGACCUCGCGUUCCCUCUGGCACGCUGCCUUCCAGACCACGUGAGAGAUCAAAGUCACUUGUUCUCCAGACAGACUCUACAGGAAGAGGUGCUGAAGCAAGUGGUGGCAGCAGCUGCAGUAGUGUGUCUUCAGGCAGCCAUGCGAGUCCCAUGUCAUCCUUCCCUGGGGGUCCAUCUGCUGUAGUGGGAGCAGCAUCAGGGUCUCCCAGUAUGUCUUCAGGGCAUUUGAUGACUCACCAGACUAUACAGGUCAGACCAAGUGCCACCAUUAAUCCUGGGAAGACAGCAAUUCAAAUUCGUCAGGAAGGAGGUGCAGGAGCCAAGAUCAUCACACAUGCUGUGGGCAGUGCUGGAGUCACAGGGACAGGAGGCUGCACCACCUCUGUUGCUUGCACUACUGCCACUACCAUCAUCACCACAGCCACCUCCUCAGGCAUCAGUCCAGGCUCCAGCACUACAGGACGCCUGGUUGGACGUGCCCCCAUCCUGCCACCAAGCUCCACCCAGGGAAGUGGUGCACCAUUGUAUGUGGUUACCACCAACUCAGGCACCAUCACUGUUGUCACUCGCACUGUUGCUGCUGGUCAGGGAACAGGGCCACGAGUUGUAACAGUGAAUACUAUCAAUGCUCCCAAGUCUUCUGUCAGCAGUGUGAGAACCCCAACUCCUGCCACAGUAGUGUCUGUUGGCCCCAAGACCAUUCAGACAGUGCGUGUCACACCCCAGGGUCAGGGUCCCUCAGGACUACGACCAGUGCUCGGUGCUACCAAGUCCAAUGUGAUUGUGGUACACAAGGGUGGCCCUUCAUCCGGGACAAGACCCAUGAGCAUCCAGGGAAUCAGGGUAAUCAAGGAUGUACCAACCAAAAUUACAAUUGGAAAGACAUUCACUGGAGGUACAGCUGCUCCAGUGCUACAGAAGCCUCCCGCUGUGCCCCGUGGACCCAUCACCACCCCAGUCCUCACCACAGCCAGCACACCAACCACUCAGAGCAAUGUCAUUGUGGUGGAUCUGAGUCCAGAGACCUCCAAUGUGAACAACACUGGAGCUCUGGCUGAUAUUUUGCAAGUCACAGGCGAGGCACCAUCAACAAGCAGCAGCGGCAGCAGCAACAGCAGCAGCAGCAGCAGCAACAGCAGCAGCAGCAAUACAAGUGACCUCACCACAACCACUAGCUCCACAUCCUCCAUCCCUGACACCAUCACAAGCCCAGUUACUUCCACCUCCAUCACCACCCCAACCAUCAUCACCACCACCACCACCACCACCACUGCAGCAGCUGCCACCUCCAGCACCUCCAACACCAUUACCACAGUCAGCACCACCACCACCACUGCUGCCACCACCACUACUAGCUCUCUCAUUGCCCCUGCCACUACUGCCACCACUGCCCCCGUGAGUGCCAUCCCAGUAGUCAGCAGCAGUGAUGGAGGGACAGGCUUGAGUAGCAGUGGUGGAGGGAGUGCAGGAGGUGGAAGUGGAGGAGGAGGAGGAGGAGGAGGAGGAGGAGGAGGAGGAGGAGGAGGAGGAGCAGCAGCAGCAGCAGCAGCAGCAGCAGCAGCAGCAGCAGGAGGGACAGGAGGAGGAGGAGCAGCAGGAGGAGGAGGAGGAGCAGGAGGAGGAGGAGAAGGGGAAGGAGAAUGGCUUAAUCUGGGACUAGAAGGAGAAGACUCACCUGGCCACAGUCUACCUGAAGGACAGAUGCAAAUGUUAGAGGAAGCUGUAGAAAUUUUAGGACGAGGAGACAAAGAAUCUGCAAGAAAUCUUCUUCGUCAAGCUGGGAUUGAAUUGUUGGAUUCCCCUGUAGAACUUGGUGAACAUGGAGCGGAGGGGACAUCCAUGGCAAGUCUCAUGGCUGGACUAGUGAGUCAGCUCCCAGGAGCACACCUAGAUGAGGGCCCUCUGGCACCAGUUGGGGAGCUGGACCCAGUCACUGGACUCUUCUAUAAUCCUUCCAGCAGUGAAAGUUUGUCUGACAGCAACAGCAAUUCAGCAUCUGAUGAACUUGAGGUGCCAGAGGAAAGAGAAUCUGCUGACUAACUCACACAUGCAGGGUUUUAAUACUCACUCUCCCCUGAUAGUGGAGAUGGAUCUUUUGAUGUUUAUUGUAGUCUUAUAAAGCAGAGUUUUUAGAUAUAUUUUGUUCUUAAUGACACAUGGUAGAUAUAGGUCUAGCUUAUAUUACUGACACAUAUGACUUAAUGUUUAUUUUUAAAACUAAACAAACUACAUGAAAUUGAUUACAUUGAACAUAUUAUUAUCUCUUUUUAAAAUAGUACAUACUAAUAAAUUAUCUUUUAAUAAUAGUACAUAUGUUAAAGUAUUGAUAGGAUUGACAUAACAUAAAAGACUGUAAAGUUAAUAUUAUGUAGUUUUAUUUGAAUAAAUGGCAUAUAUUUA